GGCGUGACCAAGAUAAGGGAGGUGUAGUGCUUUGCAGUACCUCUGUGUGGCCCUUCAGCUGCUACUGUAGAGAGAAGACCUACGUCCAAGCUAACAGCUGGAGUCUUUUGAGGAACACUUCAUUCCUGUGUCUGGGAUUAAAAGGGAAGCCGAAACCUGGGAAGGGCGCGGCUAUCUUCUGCAGCUUGCGUGGCUACUGCAGCGGUAGCAGGUAGAAAGAUUACUGCAUCAACUCACUGAAGCAAUAGCCUCACUCUUUGUCUUUUAAACUUCAUCAACAAUGAAGCAAUGAUAUCUGAGAACAGAAGAACAUUUGCCGACCAACUGUCAUCACAAUUUCAAGUGAUUGUAUAAGCAGAAACAAGCUGCAACAGAGCUCUGUGUCAGCUAGUAUAGAGAGAAUGGUUUAUUUAGGAGCGUUUUAGUAUAGUGCUUUAUAUCUGUAUCAGAUGAAGUAAAAAUGAGUGAGACCCCCAGAUUCUUUGUUGGGCCUGAAGAUACAGAAAUAAACUCAGGAAAUUAUCGACAUUUCUUCCACCAUGCAGAUGAAGAUGAGGAGGAGGAGGAUGAGUCUCCACCAGAAAGGCAGAUUGUGGUUGGAAUAUGUUCCAUGGCAAAGAAAUCCAAAUCCAAACCAAUGAAGGAAAUUCUUGAACGGAUCUCCUUAUUUAAAUAUAUCACAGUAGUAGUAUUUGAAGAAGAUGUUAUUUUGAAUGAACCAGUAGAAAACUGGCCUUUAUGUGAUUGUCUUAUUUCUUUCCAUUCUAAAGGAUUUCCACUGGACAAAGCAGUUGCCUAUGCAAAACUCAGGAAUCCAUUUGUAAUCAAUGACUUGAAUAUGCAGUAUCUCAUACAAGAUAGAAGAGAAGUAUAUAGUAUUCUUCAAGCUGAAGGUAUUUUACUUCCUCGUUAUGCAAUUUUGAACCGUGACCCAAAUAAUCCCAAAGAAUGCAAUCUGAUUGAAGGGGAAGAUCAUGUAGAAGUAAAUGGUGAAGUUUUUCAAAAGCCUUUUGUAGAAAAGCCAGUCAGUGCAGAGGAUCACAAUGUUUACAUUUACUAUCCAACAUCUGCUGGUGGUGGAAGUCAAAGACUUUUUCGAAAGAUUGGCAGUAGGAGUAGUGUUUAUUCCCCAGAAAGCAAUGUACGAAAAACAGGCUCAUAUAUAUAUGAAGAGUUUAUGCCCACAGAUGGUACUGAUGUAAAGGUUUAUACAGUGGGUCCAGAUUACGCGCAUGCUGAAGCUCGAAAAUCUCCAGCGCUUGAUGGCAAGGUGGAACGAGACAGUGAGGGAAAAGAAGUUAGAUACCCUGUUAUUCUUAAUGCACGGGAGAAAUUAAUUGCCUGGAAAGUCUGCCUUGCUUUUAAGCAAACAGUUUGUGGUUUUGAUUUGUUACGAGCCAAUGGACAGUCCUAUGUCUGUGAUGUCAAUGGCUUCAGUUUUGUGAAAAAUUCCAUGAAGUAUUAUGAUGAUUGUGCAAAAAUACUUGGCAAUAUUGUAAUGCGAGAACUUGCUCCACAAUUUCAUAUCCCCUGGUCAAUACCCUUAGAAGCUGAAGAUAUCCCAAUUGUACCAACUACAUCUGGAACUAUGAUGGAACUUAGAUGUGUCAUAGCUGUGAUACGUCAUGGGGAUCGAACACCAAAACAAAAAAUGAAAAUGGAAGUGAGGCAUCAAAAAUUUUUUGAUCUUUUUGAAAAGUGUGAUGGAUACAAAUCUGGGAAAUUAAAACUCAAAAAACCAAAACAGUUACAGGAAGUGCUGGACAUUGCCCGACAACUUCUUAUGGAGCUGGGGCAAAAUAAUGAUUCUGAAAUUGAAGAAAACAAGUCAAAACUUGAACAACUUAAGACUGUAUUGGAAAUGUAUGGCCAUUUUUCUGGAAUAAAUCGUAAAGUCCAAUUAACUUACCUCCCUCAUGGUUGUCCUAAAACAUCUAGUGAAGAAGAAGAUAGCCGAAGAGAAGAACCAUCCUUACUUUUGGUUCUAAAAUGGGGAGGAGAACUAACUCCUGCAGGCAGGGUCCAGGCUGAAGAACUUGGAAGAGCUUUCAGGUGUAUGUAUCCUGGAGGUCAAGGAGAUUAUGCAGGAUUUCCUGGCUGUGGUUUACUGAGAUUACAUAGUACCUACCGACAUGACCUCAAAAUAUAUGCCUCUGAUGAGGGACGAGUCCAGAUGACUGCAGCUGCUUUUGCAAAGGGGCUCUUAGCUCUAGAAGGAGAGCUUACACCCAUUCUUGUUCAGAUGGUAAAAAGUGCAAAUAUGAAUGGUCUUUUGGAUAGUGACAGUGACUCCUUGAGCAGUUGUCAGCAACGUGUGAAAGCAAGACUUCAUGAAAUACUUCAGAAGGAUAGAGAUUUUACUGCUGAAGACUAUGAAAAGCUUACUCCAUCUGGAAGCAUUUCUCUUAUCAAAUCAAUGCAUUUAAUUAAAAAUCCUGUGAAGACCUGUGACAAAGUUUAUUCCUUGAUACAGAGUUUGACUUCUCAAAUCAGACAUCGAAUGGAAGAUCCCAAAUCAUCAGAUAUUCAGCUUUACCAUAGUGAAACAUUAGAGCUUAUGCUACGUAGAUGGUCCAAGUUGGAGAAAGACUUUAAAACAAAGAAUGGAAGAUAUGACAUUAGUAAAAUCCCUGACAUAUAUGACUGUAUAAAAUAUGAUGUCCAGCAUAAUGGUUCCUUGAAAUUAGAAAAUACAAUGGAAUUAUAUAGGCUUUCGAAGGCAUUAGCAGAUAUUGUUAUCCCUCAGGAAUAUGGUAUAACUAAAGCUGAAAAACUGGAGAGCAAAGGCUACUGUACUCCUCUAGUUAGAAAAAUUCGCUCAGACCUCCAGAGGACACAAGAUGAUGACACUGUAAAUAAACUCCACCCUGUGUAUUCCAGAGGUGUUCUGUCUCCUGAACGUCAUGUCCGUACCAGGUUAUAUUUUACCAGUGAAAGUCAUGUACAUUCUUUACUAUCUAUUCUUCGCUAUGGUGCCUUAUGCAAUGAAUCAAAAGAUGAACAGUGGAAACGAGCUAUGGAUUACUUAAAUGUUGUCAAUGAACUCAAUUACAUGACUCAGAUUGUGAUCAUGCUUUAUGAGGAUCCUAACAAGGAUCUUUCCUCAGAGGAACGCUUUCAUGUUGAAUUACAUUUUAGUCCAGGAGCUAAAGGAUGUGAAGAAGACAAAAAUUUACCAUCUGGCUAUGGAUACAGACCAGCUUCAAGAGAGAAUGAAGGCAGGAGAUCUUUUAAAACUGAUAAUGAUGAUGAACCACAUACUUCUAAAAAAGAUGAAAUUGAUCGUGCUGUGAUACUGUUCAAACCUAUGGUAUCAGAGCCAAUUCAUAUACACAGGAAGUCUCCACUUCCAAGACCUAGGAAGAUGGCUACAAAUGAAGAAGAGAGCCCCCUGAGUGUGUCUAGCCCAGAGGGUACUGGUACCUGGCUGCAUUAUACCAGUGGUGUGGGUACUGGGCGUCGAAGACGCAGAUCAGGGGAACAAAUCACUUCUUCCCCUGUCUCCCCCAAAUCAUUGGCUUUCACAUCCAGUAUUUUUGGCUCAUGGCAACAGGUUGUAUCUGAAAAUGCUAAUUACCUGCGAACACCAAGAACUCUUGUGGAACAAAAGCAGAACCCUACUGUAGGGUCUCACUGUGCGGGCCUGUUUAGCACCUCGGUGCUCGGGGGUUCUUCAAGCGCACCUAACCUACAGGAUUAUGCUCGUACUCAUCGUAAAAAGCUGACUUCUUCUGGCUGCAUAGAUGACGCCACACGCGGUUCUGCUGUUAAAAGGUUUUCUAUCUCAUUUGCUCGACACCCAACCAAUGGCUUUGAGUUGUAUUCCAUGGUGCCAUCUAUUUGUCCUCUAGAGACUCUUCACAAUGCCCUGUCUUUAAAGCAGGUGGAUGAAUUUCUUGCUUCCAUUGCUUCUCCAUCAAGUGAAGUUCCACGGAAGACCCCUGAAAUUUCCUCUACAGCUUCGCGUUCCAGUCCAGUAAUGAGAAGAAAAAUAUCUUUAAAUACAUAUACACCUGCAAAGAUCCUCCCAACACCACCAGCUACCUUAAAGAGUACGAAAGCAAGCAGCAAACCAGCUACCAGCGGACCUUCUAAUGCAGUUGUUCCUAAUACCUCAUCUCGAAAAAAGAAUAUAACUAACAAAACAGAAAUGCAUGAACACAAAAAAACCACAGGGAAAAAGAAAUGAAAUCUUAGCAGAAGCUGGAACUCCUUAAAUAUAUAAAAAUCACGUAAAAGGACACAUAAUAAACCUGGGCUGAAAACUGUCAAAGCAAGUAGUUUAUGUUUCUCCUUAUACAUCUCUGAAUUCAUUUUAAAAUAUGUUAAAUCUAGAGAAUUCAUCAUAUAUAUUCAGGUAAGGAACUUUUCUCAUGAUCUUGAAAUGUUUAAGACAAUGUUCAUUAACAUUUUAUGAGCAGCAAAAGUUAUGGUGAGGAAGGUCUGUCAUUCUUAAUGUUAUGUUUACCAUGUGCCCUUGGUAAAGACAAGGACAGAAAAGCCCAGCUAGCUUGUACCAGUGUCACAUCAAUAAUGCUGUUUACUUAAGAAUCUGUGAGGUGACCUCUAUAUACACUUUCAUUUUCAUGAGAUUUUAUCUUAGCUGUAAAACCUAUAGCUUGGGUUAGAAUUUGGCAGUCAGGAUUACUGAUUGCAGAUUUUUUAAGUGUAUUUCCAAAGAGAUUUCAUUGAUCAUUUAGAUUAGAAACUUUUCCCCCCAAUUGUUAGAAUUACAGAUAUGCUGCAAUAUUUAAUAACUGGAGUAUUAGCAUAUGGGUUAUUUUUUCAAUAUGUACUUUGAGUUUUUUUAUUGUGUGUUAUUUAAAAUAUUACAUAUACAGCUGGGAUAACUACACCUUUAUGUACAUAAAUUUCUAUAUUAAUUUGUAGAAAACACUUUCUUUAUAUAUUUCCUUACCAUAAGGUGCUUUUGCUCAUCAGGAAACUUUUGCUUCAUGUGUUGGGAAGAAAGACAGCUUUAGAUUAUUUUUUUUUAAGAGAUAUAGUUGACAAGUUUAUAAAUGUUACACUUAUUUUCAGAGUUCUUUUUAGAUCUAAGGAAAUCAGUUCAGAAAUGGAUAUCAUCAAUGUGAGAAGAAUGUCUGAAUUCUGUAGUUAGUAGAUAUUAUGUAUAGCACCUCUUUUUUUAGCAUUUCCAUUCUUAUCUCUAGUGUAUCAGUUGAUCUCACAAAGAAAGCUUAAAGAUUGAACAUUUGCUCUUUUCAAAUGAUUAGAUUUUGAAAGGAUAUUGAGAUCAUUGUUUUGUGAUUUCAUCUGUGAUGUGAAAAAAUAUUUAUUAUCCUUGGUGCUUUUUACCCCCUAAUGCACAAAUAAUUAGAAACCACUUGAAAUGACUUAAACUGUAAACCAGACAGUACAACCUGAUAAGAAUCCCAUGCAUUGCCAGUCAGGUCACUUAAAUUGCUAAAACUUUAGUUUGAAGCUUAUGUUUAGGCAAUUACUGAAUUCUCAUAUGAACACAACUAUUAAAAUUCUUCAUGAGACUCUCCUAACUUUAGAUCAUCAUCUAAGAAUUGACUUUUAGAAAAUAAGCGUAUUAUGUGUUAGUUUUGUAAAAGUACCAGAUGCAAAAGUAACGAAUAUAUACAAUUAUAUAAGUUUAUAUACUUCAUGUGAAUGUAAUUGUAUUAUGUGGAGACAUGUCUUUUAAACAAUUCAAUGUACCUAGGCUUUCUGUAUGUGAAAAUGUUAAUGUGCUCAGUGUGGGAGUAAGAAACUACUUUUAUUUUUUAAGUGAAACUGAAUUAAAAUAUUUUAUUUCCAGAA